AUGACAGAAUCAUAUGAUCCCGACGAGGACCGUCGUUCUCCCGGGCUGGAGGCGACCAAGCCGGAUUAUAAGCCCCAUAAAGAACCGACUCCUCCUUUCAUAGUCAAGGAGGUCAAGGAGCCCGAGGGCGAAUUUAAAUAUUCUCCAGGCGAGGGAACACCGGACUGUUCCCGUAAGCCUCAAUCGAACCUAUACAAGUCCGAACCAAGCGAGGGCAACUCGGUGCUGAUCAGCUAUAUAGACCCUAACCGACCUGAUAUUGCCAAUUAUGAGAGAUCUGACCCACUUCGCCCGGAGCACUUCCGUGACAUUCUCUGUGAUGAUCUGCUGGAGAAGCCUAUGGUCAAGCCCGAGAAGCCAAAGCUAGAGAGCCCCGUGGUGGAGCCGGCAAAGCCUAGAGAGCCUCAGUCAGAGACGGAUCCGAGUGAAGCAGCUAAGCGCGCCCUUGCACUGUUAGAUCUACCAAAGCCCAGCGAUGGACCCUUGGAGCCUCCAGAGAUCCCAGUGAAAUCCCACGUUCAUUCUCCUGACGCGCGCAGUGGCGUUAAAGUGGAGGUGCUGUCUCCAAAAAAUGCCCAGCCACCACCACCUGCCCUUCCCAGUAUCACGGAGAAGAAACCAUUCAGCCCACCUUUAAGCCAAUAUGCAAUCUCCCUACAUCCGUCGCAGGACGUGUUGCCCCCGUUCCACUCACCUGACAACACUACCACCCUGCCCCCCAUUCAGACUGCACUACGUGGUAUCGCUCAUGUUAAUGAGCCCGCUGCACGCGUCAAUGGCUCCUCCCCCUAUUCUUUACCACCCGUCACCGCUAGUUCCCCACCGGGCCUCCGGAGUGAACCUGUCUGGGAGCAUCAACGCCCGGGCCAUUUUGUUCCACCUCCCCAGAUCCCUCCUAGUCCUUACUCGCAUUUGUCACCUGCGAGUACCAAAGAUUUGUCCGCUGUGUCGUCUCCAGCAACGCAGAACUCGUACUGGAGAUCACAGAAAUCCGACAUACCUUAUAUCACAUCCACCUAUGACAUCGCACAUUGUGACGCUAAAAGCCCUGCCACGGGCUAUCCAACACCCACAGAUCAAACUCCAGCGGGGACGUGUGAACGGACACCAUACAAUCCAAGUCCGCAACACAAUGGAGUGGUCACAUCGGGAGCCUACAAAUGUCGGCAUCCGGGGUGUACCGCUCCACCUUUCCAAACUCAGUACCUAUUAAAUUCCCACGCGAAUGUUCACUCGCAAGACCGACCCCAUUUCUGUCCCAUUGAGGGCUGUCCUCGUGGAAUCGGCGGGAAAGGGUUCAAGCGCAAAAAUGAGAUGAUCCGACAUGGCCUGGUCCAUAAUUCCCCUGGCUACGUGUGCCCGUUCUGUCCAGACCAGCAACAUAAAUACCCACGACCAGACAACCUCCAGCGGCACGUGCGGGUCCAUCAUGUGGACAAAAGCAAGGAUGACCCCCAGCUCCGGCUGGUCCUUUCGCAAAGGCCAGAAGGCAGCGCGCGAGGGCGCCGCCGUCGGAUCAACCCUUGA